GCUUUGAGAUUUCUUUCCUUAUCGAUUUCUCUUUUUAAGCGAAUCGUUUGUUGUUUUCAUCAUUCCUUGUUCUGUAAUCUGAGUUUUGUUUCGGAGACUUUGAGGCUUCUGCUUCCAUCGAAAACUCUCUUCUGGAAAUCUGAGUUCUAUAGUUUGUGGUUUCUGGGAUUGAGCAAGAAGCCGUUUUUACAGUAAAGUUCAUGUUUUUUUGAAGUACCCACAAGUUUUAUUGUGUUAGAAGCUCUUUGCGUUUCCUUGUUUGACUGAAACGCAGAGAGAAUGAUUUUACCAAAGCAGUACCGUUGCACACACUCCCCUACCUGCCAAUGCACAAGAGGCCAUCUAAACGAAGACGUCUUGUUAUUAGUCUUCCAGCAUCUGAACUGGAACCCAAAACUAGUCGCAACACUCUCCUGCGUCUGCAAAUGGUUUGAUGAUUUCGCCAAACGUGUACUAUGGAAAGAGUUCUGCAAGACACGUGCACCAAGAAUGAUGCUUGAUCUGCAAUCUAGCGGUAGUCACUGCAUAGACGGCAACUGGAGAGCCCUAGGGAAGCUUCUCAUCUACUGCACAGGAUGCACAGAAGGCGGUCUUUUCAACAGCUCGGUUCAAAUCCCUGGCCACUUUGUUUACAGAACAAGAUUCUCGAGAACAUUAGGAAGAAGCCUAUUGCCACCUCAGUGUAGAACCGAUGUGCUCUACGUUAGUGAUCCAUGUGAGCAUCUUGAUCAAGGAGAAGAAGGUGACGUGGGUUUGUUCCGUGGGAUUUUCAAGUCAUUCCCAACGUCUAAAGUCAGGAAGGUUAUCAUUAACAAAGCGGUUCCGUUUCAUCCAUCUGAGGUUUGUCCGUAUUGUAAAGCUAAACUAUGGAGCAUGCUCCAAGCUAAUAUCAUACCUCAGAGUGCAUGCGCUCGUUUGGAAGCUUAUGAGGAUUGCAUUGAGUAUUUCGUUUGUCUUAACGGUCAUUUGCUUGGGAUAUGUACUCUGGCGCCUUUGUCUGAUUCAGAGGAGGCUGUUCCAAGUGAAGAUAGCAAUCACGCAGAGAAGAAACAAGACAAUUGCUUGGCUAAAGAAAAUGGAUUGAAAAGGAGACAUUCUUUGUUGGGUGGAAGUGAGAAUGGACCUUCUCCUCAAAAACGACUGACUAGUUCAAAUCAGUGUAACAUUGAUUGAUGUGUGAAACGUCUGUAAAUUUGUUGUUGUGUCAUUGUACUAACUUCAUUGCAAUCUUCAGAGAUUCAUUCAUUUACAGUCAAGUUAUGAUCAACAGUUUCCAUAAUCUCUGGUUAUGAUUAAGAUAAAUGUUAUCAUUGUGUUCUGUC